AUGGCACUAUGUUUAUACAUCUCCAAUUGUUGUCUAGAAGCACAAUUAUAUGCUUUAUCGGCAAUUAAUUUAAUAAUUCGGAAUCCUGAGGAUGCCACACAACAAGAUCUGUUUGAUGCAAAAGGAGUAUUUAAUAAAGUUAAAGGCGACGGAGCUACUAAAAAUAACUCUACAUUAAACAAUGACAAUAAUAUUGAAAAGACACUGGCUUUAACCAGAAAGGCAGACUAUGGAAUUUCAUACUCCCAGAAAACUGCGACUAAGGAAUCAAUUAAUGAGGAUCUAAAAGUAAUAUGCACUGAAUUAAUUAUUCGUGCAGAACGUAGUUUGGGACAACCGCAAGCAUAUGGCGAAGGAAUUUUGCGUGCAAAAGAGCGUUCUUUUCAAUAUAAAGCAAAAGGAGGGACGGCUAUAGUGGGCGGAAUAGGCAUAGGAGGAUCAGUGGCAGCGAAUGCUGGCUUAAAUAUUUAUGCAGCAAUUGCAAUUGGAGCUGGAGUUAGUAAUCCACUUAUAUUGAUUGGAGAAUUAGCAAUUGGUAUAGCAACUCUUGGUUUAGGGAUAUGGGGCGGUGUAACAUUAUGGAAGGAAGGUGCUAUUCUUUUAGAAGAGCCAACUAUUCGUGAAAAUCUCAAUAAGAUUAUGGUAGAGGCAUUAAAGGCUUUUGAUGAGGGAGAUCACCAAAAAUUUCUUGAUACUCUUACAGAGGAAUUUACAACAGGUAUCUGUCUUUUAAAAUUAAAAGAUCGUAGUGAUAUUAUUGACACUGAAAAAAUGAUAGAUACACUUAUAAAACAUGGCUUCAGAUCAGAUGGUAUAGCUUAUCUAUUUAAUUUGAUUGGAGAGGUUUUAAGUAGUGGGAAAGUAAGAAUUGAAGGAAAAACAAAAAUGGAGUUAACGGAACUUGCAAAAGAUGUUUUAUUAGGAGCGCUUAAUAAGGAACUUGAAGUUUAUGCCAAAAGACUUGAUGACCGCAUUUGUGAAUUACGGGUAAAUGGUAUUACGGCUCAUUUUGCGAAUUUUUUUGACCUUAGUGAGUUUAAUGGCAUAGCAAAUGAAGCAAAUAAACACCUCAAGGAUGCUGAAGAAAUGCCCUUUAAAUCAAGACUGGAUGAAAUGUGUAAUAUCGCAAAUAUUAACCUUGCAAUUAUUGAUAUGCUCGCUGGAUCAGAAGAAAUUAGUCGAGCUAGAACAACUAUUAAGGAAGUUCGAAAUUCAAUAAAUGCUAAUUAUCAAUUUGUUGGUACUGUGGAAACACGUCUUGAAGUUUUGGAAGAUUUUUUGUGGAUUAUAAGUGGCGAGGAAUUGCCUGAUACAAAUGAAUUACCUCUAAAUACUUACAUCCUAGAUCCUUUUCAAGGCAUAGAUAAAAAUAAACAUAUCUGCUCCCUGAAUGAAAAAGUACGGAGUGUAACCUUGGAUCAAGAUAAAAAGGAUCUUUAUAUUGAAAUUGCAGCAUGUCAUGAGAAGUUAGCUGAAGAAGAGGAUAAAAUUAACCAGUUACGCAGCCUAUAUAAUUGGAAAAAAGCUCAAAAGAGUUAUGAGAAAGUACGUGAAAUAAAUAGCACAGACAUAGCUGCUACUCUUGGUUUUGCAAGAUGUUUAUUAAAAUUAUCCAAAUAUAAACGGGUUAUUGAACUUUUAAAAAGUCCACAUUUAAAUCUGUCAUUAAAGUACGAUUACUGGUACCUUUGCAGCAUUGCUUAUUCUAAGCAAAAUGAUUACAAAAAAGCAAAUGAGUGUAUUAUCGAAGCACUGAGAAUAAUUCCCCAAAACAAAUUGGCCAUGAGGCAGAAAAGGCUCGUUGAAAGGCUAAGGAAAGAAAAUACAUUAAAAAAUCGUAUUGAUCAUUAUCAAAGAGAAAAAAAAGCCAUAAAAUGCGAAGAAGAUUAUCUAAUAAAUUCCCGUAACAAUAAUCAUGUUUAUAGAAUCCUCUCCAUUGAUGGAGGUGGCAUACGUGGAAUAUUACCUGCUUUAUGGCUCAGUGAACUAGAAUAUCGUGCCCAUAGACCCAUUUCUCAUCUAUUUAACAUGAUAUCUGGAACAUCCACAGGUGGGAUUAUUGCUGCUGGACUAUCAGCACCAUCCUGGCAUCAAGUCUCAACAGAAUUGACAGAAUCAUCUGGAUACAAAUAUUCAGAGUUUGAACCAUUAUUCUCAGCUUCAUCUUUAUUAGAUUUUUAUCAGAAUAAUGCAAAAAAUUUAUUUGCUUCAGAUAAUUCACUUAUGGGUUACUUCAAACUAAAUACAACAACAAAAUAUAACAAUGAAGGUCGUCUUUCAAUGUUUAAGAAGGAUUUUGGUGAUGCUCGUUUAGAUUGUGCACUUACUCAAUUGGUUAUCCCUGCAGCAAGAAAAGAAGGUAACCUUACUCACUCGCAUUUAUUUACACAUUUUGAUGCACUUAAGGAUGAGUCAAGAAAUGAUACUUUUGUUAAUGCUUUAAUGGCAACAACAGCUGCACCAUAUUUUUUUCCACCCCACAACAUAAAUGAUAAGGGUGUUUUUCUAGAUGGCGGAUUACAUCUUAAUAAUCCUGCAAUGGAAGCUUACAAUGAAGCUAUUCGAUACAAUGUUGCUAGGGAAAAGAUUUUUAUGCUUUCAAUGGGUACAGGGAGCUAUAUACCGGAUCCUUUCAAUCCAGAUCUAUACCACGGUCAACUUUUUUGGGAACAGAAUCUUCAUAAUGCAAUGUCUCCUACACAAGAAGACAACACUAAUAAACAAUUGUAUACUAAUUUGGGAAAUAAAUAUCAGCGAUGGCAAGUUUGGUUUGAAGAGCCAUUGAAAUUUGAUGAUAUCAAUAAUAUUUCAACCCUUUUAGAAAUAGGCAAUCAGCACAUAGAAGAACUUGAUGCUUCGGAUGAGAAUCCCUUGAACAAACUGGUAGAGUCUUUUGAGGAGCAAGAAUCUAAUGAUUCAAAUAAUGACAACUAUAGAAAAAUCGAAUAA